CAACGGCAUCACAGCCCAGAGCUUUGCUGCACGCCUCUUCUGAUCCCACUCUUAAAAGCUCGUCCAUCUGCUGGCCGCUGUAGACCAUCAGACACCCCCAUCCUGACACUGUCCCCCACACCGGUCACCUCCAGCCCUGGUCUCAGGAGCCACAGAGAGGACAGCUCUACUCCGAGAGCUACGGAAGCCAUGAGCACCUUCGGCUACCGGCGGGAGCUCAGCAAGUACGAGGAUCUGGACGAAGAUGAGCUGCUGGCCUCGCUGACCCCCGAGGAGCUCCGGGAGCUGGAGAAGGAGCUGGCCGAUAUUGACCCGGACGAGAACGUCCCUAUCGGACUAAGACAGAGGGACCAGACGCCUAAAACUCCCACGGGCACCUUCAGCCGAGAGGCUCUCCUCAAAUACUGGGAGAACGAGUCACGCAAGCUUCUCGAGGGUGAACGGACGGGGUCCUCAAGCCACCAGGAUGGAGAGAAUAAUGAGAAAGAGGAAUCGGAGGAGGAGAAGGAAGCUGCUGAGGAGAACGAAAAGGGAGAAUCUCAAGACUGUGUACGUGCAGAAGAUGAGGAGGAGGAUAGUGAAGUGGAGGACCCUGUGACAGAAGACGAGGAGGACGAAGAUGAGGAGGACGAAGAUGAGGAUGAAGAUGAAGAAGAAGAGGAGGAGGAUGAAGAACAAGAGGAACAUUCCAAAAAGGAGAACGUCGUGGAGCAACGUGCUCCUCCGUACACCCUGCAAAAUGGUCACUCUACGCUCAAACCGGAGGAGCCUGUGAGGAGAAGUUCACCGCUGGACCCGAGUUUUAGAGCUCAGGAGUCCAGCCAGCUGUCCGGAAACCCCACGGUAGUAGACGAGGCUCUGGAGAAGAUCCUCAGCGAUGACCCUGACACUGCCGAGGUCAACCUCAACAAUAUCGACAACAUCUCUCAGGAAACCCUGAUCCACUUUGCGGAAUCUCUGCGCUCCAACACGCACGUGCGCAUCUUCAGCUUGGCCAACACGCACGCGGACGACCAGGUGGCCUUCGCCAUCGCCAAGAUGCUGAGGGAGAACCUCCACAUCACCAACCUGAACAUCGAGUCCAACUUUGUGACGGGGAAGGGCAUCUUGGCGCUGGUGCAAGCCCUCACCCGCAACAGCACGCUGACGGAGCUGCGCUUCCACAACCAGCGCCACAUCCUGGGUGGGCAGGUGGAGAUGGAGAUGGUGAAGCUGCUGAAGGAGAACACCACGCUGCUCAAGCUGGGCUACCAGUUCGACCUGCCGGGCCCGCGCAUGAGCAUGACCGGCAUCCUGACCCGCAACCAGGACAGACAGAGGCAGAAGAGGAUGCAGGAGCAGCGUCAGCAGCAAGGGGGCGCCGCCACUCCCAUCAAUCCACGUACCAGCGCCCUGCAGAAGAGCACGCCGACCUCGUCGCCUUAUGGUUCUCCUCGGAGUUCUCCGUGGUCCUCCCCGAAGCCGGUGAAGAAAAGCACCCCUCCUUUGCUAGCGCCACCUCCCCCGCCCCCUCCACCACCUCCACCCCCACCUCCUCCGCCUCCCCCACCUCCACCCAAAGCCCUGAAAGUAACCCCCGAGAAGAAAGCCCCCACCCGAAACAUCGCAGAGGUCAUCAAGCUCCAAGAAGCCAGCGCCAACAAGAAGCAGCAGCAGACUCAGGGCAAGCCCAAGACCAAGAAAGGGAAGAAGAGGCCGCCCAAGGAGAACGAGACCGAGAGCAUCCUGAAGGAGCUGAAGAACGCCCUGAGGCCCAUCGCCGACAGAGAGACCUCCAGGCCGUCCACGCCGAUGCGCUCGGCUCACGACGAACUCAUGGCCGCCAUCCGGGCGAGCAGCAUCAGGUCUCUCAAACAGGUGGAAGUUCCUCAGUAUCUUCGGUAAUAAAGCCAAAAGACUUUGGACUCAGAACAUGAAGGAUGUCCAGGUUGAUGUAUCGUCUCCGGAGAUCCUUCCACAGCUCUGUGGCCGUAUCUCCGUGUCGCUGUGGUGGCUCCACACUGGCAGUGCAAGCGUGAUUACUUGAUGUUAAUAACGAGAACGUUCACUUUUCCACUGUUUCUCCUGAGCGGCGACAGUUUGUAAACACGUGUCUCCCAGUCUGUCCUUCGUUCCAGAAGCAGACUGCUGAUGAAUGAUUCCAAAAUGAAUUGGAAAGACGUCUGGUUCCAUUGACUUACAUUAUAAUUAAAGUAUGUUUUUUCCUUCUGUAAAGUUACUAUUUUGGAGAUACAAGGUUUUCUUCACUGACCGCAGGGUUUCCUGCCAUCUAUUCAGCAUACUGAUCAAUCAUAACAUUAUUUGAAGGUUAAUUUAUAUUUCUAUUAUAUAUUGCUUUCUGUAUAAAUGUAAAUAUGUGCUUUGAUGUGAAAAAAAUUAAAAAUCUUCAUGAAGGC